AUGCCGCGUGCCUUCUGGUCUGCCCACAGCUACUGGCGAUUGGAGGAUGAUGAGAGCGGUGAGAAGGUCGUGCGGUUUGUCCCCACUGGAGAAGUCCUGCCACUCCCGGACUGCAUCUGCGGUGAUGACACAGAGCUGGUCCUCGGUCACUCGUUCGCCAAAGCAGUCCUGAAGAGGGAUUUGGUUUCCCUGAGCGUCUCGUCAUUGUUGCAAAAGUCCCCGGACAUCAAGAUUGCUGGCCCGCUGUUUCUGAAGGACUGCGCUGACGCUGGGACUUUAGACGAGAAGCCUGAAGUCAAGACCCCGCCACGGAAGAGCCGGAAGACAACCAAGAAGCAAGGGUCUCCUGAAACAGGGGCCAAGCAGUUGAAAAUGUCCAGCCCUCAAAAGCCCAAGAGUGGCAAGGGCGGUCUGAGCGACGUUGAGUCGGAUUGA